AUGCCCAACGAUAAACCAAAAUCUAUACUAAAGAAUAAACAGGUCCAGUCGCCUGCUCCAGCUGCAUCAAAUGUCGAUGACCAGCUGUCUGAUUCUUCUCGCGAACUAAGUGAGGAGCAAAGUGACUCAGACGAAAGUAGCUCAGAGGAAAGCAGCUCCGAGAAUAUAGAGGAAGGGUUGUCGGAUCUAGACGAAGAUGAUGAAGUAGAUGUCGCUGAAGUAUCUAGUGAGGAAGAUUCCGAUGAUAGUGAUGACGAUUUGAUUGAAGAGGACGACGACAGCUUUCCUUUAAAAAAGAAGCAAAAGAAGAAUAAAGAUGACGGUUCGGAGUCUUUCGCCAAUGCAUUUACCUCAAUCAUAAACUCCAAAUUGAAAGCUUACAAUAGAAAGGAUCCCAUUUUAGCUAGGAAUAAAACCACGCUAAAGAAGCUCGAGAGUGAAAAGUUGGAGAAUAAAGCGAAAAGGGCGUUGCUCAUGGAAAAAAAACAAUUCCAAGAUAAACAUAGAAUAAAACAGUUGUUGCCGGCUGCAGUAGAAGGGACCGACUCCAAUCAAGUGCGGGAAAUAUUGGAUAAGGAAAGACAAAUGAAGAAGAUUGCCCAAAAGGGUGUGGUCAAACUUUUCAAUGCAAUUUUAUCUACUCAACUAAAAACUAACCUGGAGAUGAGCAAAGUGCAAGCUGGUCAAAGUCGGAAGGAAGAGUUGAUGACUGAUGUAUCAAAGGAGAAAUUCAUGGAUUUGAUUGCAGCUGCUGGUGAGGAUUAG